GUGGGAGUGUGCGAUGUUUGAAUUGGUAGACUGGUGUUGGAUUAAAAUACCAUACACAUUUUAAUUCAAAUAAGAUACCUAUCAGUCACGGAUACCUCAAGGGAACCUCAACAUACCAAUACACGGUGCAAAGAAAAAUGUGGCGGAGGACCGCGCUCCUCGUGUCCAGCCGUUCCGCUGGCCAGAUGGUGCGGCUGUCCACGUCGGCCGGCCGGCCGCGCCGUGCACCACGACUCGUGAAGGUCACUAAUCAGAAGCUGGAGCCGCAGUACCUGACGCCCUCCGAGCCGAUGGUGCCCGUGUACGACUUGCUGAACAUCCGACUCCAGGCGUACGACUUUGCCGUGCUGGAACACUACGCCAAGUGGGUGCACCGCAUGCUGCGGGCCAUUAACGUCGACGUCGAGGACUGCUGGGCGACCCCCCACACGAGUGCUCGCGUCACCCGGCUGAAACCAAACACGGCCAUUGUGGAGACCUCCUACGAUCUGAAUCUCUACGAGAGGAACGUCCAGCUGCGUGACCUGCCUACAACCAUGGCACCAGUGGUGAUCGACUUGCUGCAGCACAGCACACCGCCGGGCGUCCAGGCGUGCCUGCAGCGCCACAAGAGCGAGUACGACGAGGUGCGCUAUGUGCCCGACCUGCAGCUCAAGGAGCUGAAACAGCAGCUGGCCGAGGUCGGCAUGGACCCCGACAAGCGGAAGAGGAGGGCGGCCCAGGAGGCGGCCGCCGCCGCCGCAGCGGCAGCAGCAGCGCCAGAGAAGAGCUAGUAGUGCGCGGGGGAGGGGGGGGGGGGGUGGAGUGCACGGCAGCGAGUAUGAGGUGUGACGUUGUGUUGUGCUGACUUUGAAGUUGAUAAAGGACCGUCUAAGAUGAUAAUUAUGGAAAGCUCUGUCAAUGGGAGUGAGAGAACUUCAGCGAUUUUCGUUGUGAUGUCAGAUGUUCGCAAACGUAGUUUUGAAUAUAUGAAUGCGUGCAUUGAAAAAAAAUCUGUUGUAUGCUAUCUGCUAGCACUUGCUCGAUGAAAUUCACGAGACCGAAGGUUUUUCUCCACGGGCUUGCAAAUUGCGUCUAUUGGUUUUCGUUGAGGGUUUUCGUGAACUACCUGUUGGUCUGGGUGUUUUACAUAUGGUUACAGAAGUAACGAUUCACUUACGAUUCAAUUUGUAAAAGGUUCUAGUAUCUAUCAAAGGUAAUCAAUUUUAGAUAUCGUAGUGAAUGUAUCGGUAACUGAGCGUUGGUUGGCUGGAAACCCCGCCUCUUAAAAAAGAGGUAGGUUUAUUCAUCCCAGUCUUGUCAGGCCCGUGAACUGUGGUAAUUGCCAGUGGUCUUACGACUCGCUGGCUCUGAAACCUGACCCGAGCUCUGCCAGGAAAUCCUGGAUCCAGCGGCUCACCAAACCCAAGUGAGCCAACCAUCCUCCAGACCACCACAGCCUUAGCAUGCCUCGUGGAACCCGACCUAAGAAACCCGGUCAGCCGGCGUCUGUGGACUCCCGGCCGCCGCCCAUCGCCGAGUCUCACCCGGCGCCGGAGGAGGGUAGCGGCUCUCACUGGACGCGCGACGAGCCGCAGCGCCGGGGCUCCCACUACUGGUCACAGGUGCCGGGCGACCCGCUGGACCUGUUGGCAGAACUGGAGCUGUACCCGGACGGCCGGCCUGACGAGGCUGCCGAGCCGGCCGCCGCGCCCUCCUGGACGCUGGCGGAGGCGCCGAUGCCUGCGGCUCGUCGGCGCGCCAUCACACCGCUGGAGCUGUGGCCGCCGGCCGUGGACGAGGAGGCGGCCCGCCUGGCGGAGGCGGAGGCGGCCGCCGAGCAGUGGCGGCGCGCCCCGUCCGUGCUGGAGGCGGCGCCCGGCCACUGGCAGCUGGAGUCCUCCCCGGACGAGCCGCGCGGCGCUGUCCGGCCACACCUCACCUCCGUCGGCGUCGGCCGGGUAUCCACCCUGGACAGUCUGGUGGCCAGUCUUCAGCACCGCUACCGCGGCGUGCUGGAGACCCUGGAGCGGGACGCGCUGACCCGGCCGCCGCCGGAGGAGCUGCGGCUCACGCUGCCCGCGCUGACGGCCGUAGACCAGCCGCUGGAGACGCCCGGACGCGAGCACCUGCAGUUCGCCAGGACCUGCCUCGAACAGCUGAACACCACACUGCUGACGGGUCCGUUCAAUCACUCUCCGGAGCUGGAGGAGCCGGCUGACCUGCUGCGCGCCGCGCUGCGCCAGCUGGUCAGCACGGCGGCUGCGCUGCACCACGAGCUGGAGCUGCGCAGCAUGGCGCACAGCCGGCACCGGCUGCUGCUGCAGGCGCUGCACAGGCGGCUGCAGAUCCAGUACCAGGCCAAAAUGACUGAGGUGAUAACGGAGGUGCGCGCCCAGCGGCAACUGGAAAUGGAGCGCCUCUCGGGUCAGAUCGAGGUCAACAUGGCUCUCGUCCACAAGCUGACCCAAUAUGUGGCUCAGGCGGAGCGAGUCAGUGCGGGCCGCGGCCGCGUGCAGAACAUCUACGUGCGUCUGAUGGACCUCACCACGCUGAAGCGUCAGGAGGUGCUGAUGUACCGCGCACUGCUGCUGGACGCCUCUGAACACACGGAGCAGCUCCGGUCACAGAUGAAGUUGAUGCGUCGGAGCAUGGCGGACCUGAUCCGCAGCGACUCGCUGCACGAGCUGCUGUCGGAACAGUUUACUGACGAGGUGGAGGAGGAGCUCGUCCUCCUGCAGGACAGCGUCACGCAGACGCAGACCGAGACGGAGAAAAAGAAACAACAGCUGCGUCAGGUGGUUCUGCGUAAGAACAAGGCCGUGCAGCUGGAGCGGCGACUGCGGCAGCGCACCGACCCGCUGCGCCGGGAGCUGGGCCGGCUCGGCACGCUCACUGCCGACGCACAGGAGUCCACCGAGGACCGAUACAGGUCGUUCGCCACGCUGACCCAGCGCUGGUCGGAGGUCCAUGAGAAGGUACAGACGGCGCGCAUCUCGGUCAGGAACACGAUGCACCUGCUGGAUACCCACGUUCUGGAGCAGCUGGAGAUGGAGGGCGAGGCAGCAGAGAUGGACAUUAGUCCUCUAAUUCAGGAGAUCCAACUCCUCGAGGAAGAGCUGAAGGUGGCCAAGAAGAGGGAGCACGAGGCGCGUGGCCGGCACGCCGACCUGCGCCGGCGCCGGCAGUCGCUCACCUCCGACCGCAACAAGAUGCGCGUCACGGUGGCCGACACGCUCGACUCCAUCAGCGGCGCGCUCAAAGACAUGGAGAACAUGGAGGCCGACCAUCUGACGGUGAUGACCCUGCUGAAGGAGCAGAUGGAACUGGCCAACGAGAUGCUGGUCACGUCGCGCAGGAAGCUGGCCGAAAUCAACCGGCUUCAGGGUAUCGUCGACCUGGACCUGGACACCCUGCGGGAGCGGGUCGGCGCCCUGUACAGCAGCCUGGUCAGCAGGCAGCAGGAGACGGACGCCAUCCUCGCCGACGUCCACGCCCGGACUGAAGGCGCCCUGAAGGUUCGGGACAUGCUGAAGGAGGUGACGGAGGAGGAGCUGGACAUCCUACAGCACCUGCAGGUGGUGGUGGCCGAGCUCAAGGACGGCAAACAGCCCGCCAUCCUGAAGGCGCAGGCGCGUCUCGAGCACCUCUCCACCCAGACGAAGAAGCUGGAGGAGCUGAAGGAGCGCCAGACGGAGCGGCUGGUGGAGCAGCGGGCCCGGACUGCCGAGCGGGCGCAGCAGGCGGCAGAGCUGCAGCAGCAGGUCGAGGAAAUGGAGCUGCGCAAAAGAGAACAGGAGCUGGAGAAAGCGGAGCUCAUAGAAAAGCGGAGACAGAAGACGAGCGAGAUCGCGGGCUACCGCAGCACGGUGGAGAUGACGCAGAGCUCGUACGCCGAGCUGAGCCAGCGUCAGUCGCUGGAGCAGCUCCAACAGGAGGAGCUGAUCGUGGUGCUGCGCAGCUGGUGCCGCCAGGUGGCGCUCUGUAACGGCGGAUACCAGCUCGAGAUAUCGCGGAUGGAGCGUGAACUGAAGGCCUUCUAUGAGCAGCUCGAACGGAACGUGCAGCAGGAGAUUGAGCUCAGUCGGGUCAAAAUGCAGGAGGCCGAAACGGAGCUGCGACAGCUCACCAAACUCCACAACCAAAAGAACGCCGAGUCGCUGGAGCGCGACUGGCAGCUGCGGGCCGCCCUAUUAGCCACCUCUAAGGCCGGCGAACGCUCACUGAAGCCCGUCCAAAAGGCCAUGGCGGGACUGGACGUGGAGCGACGCAAACUCGUCAAAAUGGUUGGCAUUGCCGUCGAUAUGCGGCCCUUCAGCAAAGUGGAGAUCAAGAUUGAGCAGCCGGUCUGUCCGCUACCGAAGGAGGAUCUGUAGAGGAACGGGAGAGGACAAGAAGGGCCUUUGGAGGAUCAAUGGGUGGACCAACCAGUUAUCAAGAGUUUGGCUGUGUUGAGUGAUAUACGAGUGAGAACGGAUCAGGGGCAACAUGGCUAUCAUUUGAAGUGUGAUCUGUGUAAUGUGCGAGUGUAGACUGUUGACGAUGCGAUAUGUUCAUGGUGGUUCAUGCUUUUUGAUCAUUGGACAAUGCAUUCGAUCGAUAAUCUU